GCUCUGAGCAGAUACAGCACGGUGAGCUGCUCUCACCGCUUCUUUUUUCCUCCCCGGGGGGGAUGGUUGAGGAUCCUCUGGAGCCAGGAGCGACUGGGGGGCUCCUACACGGCAGCAGCGCAUUUUUCCUGCUUGGGUUUGACUCUGAAUUAAAGGGAGAUGAGAACCGCACUUUGUUACUUCCUGCUGUGGACGUCUUACCUGCUGGCCACGGCUGAGGAAGCCGAGUUUCCCCAGGAGCUGCUGGACCGACUCUCUAACAGUGAAAUCCACAGCAUCAGCGACCUCCAGCGGCUACUGGAGAUAGACUCCGUAGGUACGGGAAAUGAUGUUAUCGAGGAGCACAAGUAUCGCAAGCACCACAACCACCAUAACCACCAUAAGAACUUCUCUCAUCAUCACAGUUACUACAAUGGACUGAAGAGCUCGCAGCUCCACAGCAGACGCAAGAGGAGCAUUGUCGAGGAGGCAGUCCCGGCAGCGUGCAAAACUCGAACGGUGAUCUAUGAGAUCCCCAGGAGCCAGGUGGAUCCCACGUCUGCCAACUUCCUGAUAUGGCCACCCUGUGUGGAGGUGAAGCGCUGCACAGGCUGCUGCAACACCAGCAACAUGCGCUGUCACCCAUCUCGGAAGCACCACCGCACCGUCAAGGUAGCCAAGGUGGAGUACGUGAGGAGAAGGCCCAAGCUCAAAGAGGUUUUUGUGCGGUUAGAAGACCACCUGGAGUGUGUGUGCACAUCACAACAUCAUGUGGUAGAACACUUAGAUGCAGAAACAGCAGAUGUGAGGUGAGACCAUUCAGCACAAGGGAUUUUAGCAUGGACAGGACCUAAAACCGAAGACACCAUCAAGAAGGCACGGUCACUGUCUUCCUCUUCAAAGCCAUGCAGACUUUAAGAACAUAAACAUUUCUGUAAAGAAACUGAAAAAUAGACAAAAAUAAACAAGAUGCCAAAGGUGCUUUCAAAACACAGUGAUGACGACUGUCUUUAUGGCAACUGAAUUGUGCUGCUCAUUAAAGCGGAAAGAGAAGCUGCCACAGAGCCCAGAGCGAGCAGGAAAAGGCCAGUGGGAGAGGAUGACUAAUGAAGUGGUGAUGAACUUGUCAACAAAGGUUGUUUGAAAGUAUAUUCAUCUGAAGCAGCCACUGAACUGUUGGAUCACACUUCAGUGGAAUAGUGCUCUGAUGCAACAUAAGGACGCUGCUUCAUUUCAAUGACUCUUGCACACAAAGAAAGAAGGAAAGAGCGAUAUAAAAUCCAUGCAAGUGGAAAAACAGCUGGAGAGAAUUCAAGUUUCAAAACUCUUGACUUCUGGUUGUUUGUGACUUUGCCCACCUGCUAUGUACAGUAAAUAUUGAAAAAAAAAGAACCAAAAAAAAAAAAAAAAGGAC